GUCGAGACAUACAUACCAUACCGGCUCUUCGAUUUUCAACUUUUUACGCAUUUGAUUUGGAACAAACCGUCAGAUCUGGAUUAAAAUCCUUAUUUUGAACAUGAGGCUGUGUGUUGCUGGGACUUGACAGCAGCUGAUCCUCCACUGUGGCAGACAGAAUGAUGCUGCCCACUCCCUGUUACUCACCCACAGCUACUAACAGGCGUGUCCCCCAGCUGAUCUGCUGCCGUAGAGAGUUCCAGAACACUCCAGAGGAGGAUGACGAAACCUCUACCCCCUGCCCUGAUAUCCACCCCGACCUCCGCUCUGACCUCCGCCCCGACCUCCACCCCGACCUCCAGCGUGACGACCCCAGCUCCAUGGCUGGCUCGGCCUUCAGCAGUCGGAGGGCGGGGCCCAGCUACACGCCGUAUCAGCCUCCUGUAGGCCUCCCAGUCGGGUACAGCCAGCCUACCCCGUUCCCCAGCCAGGCUGAUGGCUCCUGGCUUCACCCCAGCUACACCAGCGCCUGGUCUGGUCCUGGACCUGCUUACCCCAGCAGCCUGCCCUCCUGCCUCACCCCCCCAAACUACCCCAGCUACCCAGGGGAGAGCUGCUACUCCCGGGGAAGGUCCCUGCCGGGCCGUUACAGCCCUAGUAUGACCAGCCUGGAGCAGCCUCACUCCCUUCACUCCACCCCCCCCUCAGCAGGCCUCUACCACCACUCUCAGACUCCAUACACCUGCUGUGCCCAGUGCCCUGUGGAUGGCUUCAACAUGGGCCACUACCACAGCCCCCGGCCCAUCGCUGGUUACCGCCUACCCUCCAGGCCCAUGUAUAACUACAGACUGCCAGGUGCAGGCGACGUGCAAAGUGGCCACAUGAGUCCCCAUCCUAACCCCUGCAGUGCUCCGCUCUCUGUGGAACAACCCUUCAGUGCCCCGCUCUCUGUGGAACAAAUGCCCCGCUCUCUGUGGAACAACCCUUCAGUGCCCCGCUCUCUGUGGAACAACCCUUCAGUGCCCCGCUCUCUGUGGAACAACCCUUCAGUGCCCCGCUCUCUGUGGAACAACCCUUCAGUGCCCCGCUCUCUGUGGAACAACCCUUCAGUGCCCCGCUCUCUGUGGAACAAAUGCCCCGCUCUCUGUGUGCCCCGCUCUCUGUGGAACAACCCUUCAGUGCCCCGCUCUCUGUGGUACAACCCUGCAGUGCCCCGCUCUCUGUGGAACAACCCUUCAGUGCCCCGCUCUCUGUGUGCCCCGCUCUCUGUGGAACAACCCUUCAGUGCCCCGCUCUCUGUGGAACAACCCUUCAGUGCCCCGCUCUCUGUGGUACAAAUGCCCCGCUCUCUGUGGAACAACCCUUCAGUGCCCCGCUCUCUGUGGAACAACCCUUCAGUGCCCCGCUCUCUGUGUGCCCCGCUCUCUGUGGAACAACCCUUCAGUGCCCCGCUCUCUGUGGAACAACCCUUCAGUGCCCCGCUCUCUGUGGAACAACCCUUCAGUGCCCCGCUCUCUGUGGUACAAAGUAAUUACAUGAGUCCCCAUCCUAACCCCUGCAGUGCCCCGCUCUCUGUGGAACAAAUGCCCCGCUCUCUGUGGAACAACCCUGCAGUGCCCCGCUCUCUGUGGUACAACCCUUCAGUGCCCCGCUCUCUGUGGAACAACCCUUCAGUGCCCCGCUCUCUGUGGUACAAAGUAAUUACAUGA